GAUUCUGACUUGAACAUUCCGUCUUGUGUUUUUUAAGACUGACACAGGCAGCCUUCAGAACAUUUUGUUACAAAGCUCCAUUGACACUGAAGAAGAAAAAUGAACAACUUUUUGAAAGCAGUGCUUGUCCUCAGUGCCUGUAUAGCAGUCGCACAGAGCCUGAAUUGUUACCAGUGCAUCAUUAACCUGUUAGGGAGCUGUGGCUUUACUCAGAGUGUUGUCUCAUGUGAUAACGCAACUUCCAGCUGCUUCCUUGGAAAUGCACAUUUCAACACGACCAGUGCGUUCACCUUGCACUCUCGGGGGUGCUUGGACAAAGACCUGUGUGGAAAGACUCUGACUGGCUCCAUCCUGACUGCUGCUUACACCAGCAGUUUCACAUGUUGUGACACUGACAAGUGUAAUGGAGCUAAUUCUGUGCAGAUGUCUAUCACUGGCGCUCUCAGCGCUGCAGUAUUGGCUUCUCUCUGGGGAAUCUGUAAUGUUUAGUAUGACAUGAUCUCUGCUGUUGGUUCUAUUUACUACAGUAAUGCAGAGUACAGAUCACUGUGCACCAUCUACAAUCUAAUUCACUAACACUGCAAGUGCAUGCAUAAGAUGGCAUUAAUCAGAGUGACAUGUUAUUGGGGUGGUGGGUUUUAGUUGUUGUUGCUUGUUUGUUUUUUGGUUGCUGUUUGUUUUCCUUAUCCUGAUGUAAACAAUGGCAAAAUUUUAAAAAUGUAUGGUUGUAUUUCGUGGUCACACUUUUUCUGCACAAACUAUCUCUGGUUAAUAAACACUUCCCACCAGAAAGUACAAAUCUUUCAUAAAAAAUUGUUUAAAGUUACAAUGGUAUUAAAUGCAUAAUAUUA